AUGGCUUACUAUUCCAAUUCACCUGUUGUCCACAACGGACCUCCGACCCAUCCUGCAUUACAUGUCCGGGAUGCCAAAGAUGCGCACGUUGUCCUCGAGGCCGUGCGUCUCAAUAUGUUACCGUUGAUCAAGCGGCGACUUACUGCUUCAGAAAGAGAGCAGUUAUCUUCCGGGAACGUCUUCGUCUGGGAGGAGGCUGAGAACGAUGGAGGACUCCUACGCUGGACAGACGGGCGUAGAUGGUCGCAAAGUCGGAUGCGUGGUGACUACCUAUUCUACGAGGAGAAGAUGGAGACAACUCAGGAAGAGAAAGAUGCUAAAGCUGCUAUAAGAGCGCUUCGUACUACAGAUCCACUCGCCGUGGCUCCUCCAACAAACAGACGAAAAGAUCGUCCUAAUCGUCCGAAUGGUUUGACGAAACAAACUUACUCCGCAUUAGUCUAUCUUCCGGGCUCAAGUCUCCCGCGUAAAUGGCAUGUCGUUGCAUACUUUACAGGGGAUGACUAUGUUCGACUUCCUGUCAUCGAGAGUUACGAUUACCUUCGAAAUUUGAGGGUUCCCGGUGGCAUCUUUGUCUCCAGCAAAGCCAACGGAUCUCGCACCGAUCGCUUCUCUUAUACUACUGAUGGAAUAGAGCCAUACAAUUCGGCAAGUCAUGGACAUGGCCACCCAAGUCAGUAUUCUAUGCUGCAAGGGGUCCCCCGAGGCCCAAUGUCUCCCGCUUCCUCUUCAUCAUCAAUACCUUUAUCCCCUACCCAGCAUCAUUCAAGACCUCUACCGUCAUCGGGCGCCGCAAUGGGACCUGGACGUGCAGAGACGUCCCUACCUAGCAUUUCGAUCCUGACCGGUCUACAGGACACUCCAGAAUCUCGACAACCUCAUUCCUCACCAUCUGUGCAACUUGGACAUCCCUCUCCAACGACUUACAGCCCCUUAUCCGCAGAAGACAGACGAGUACUCAAUAGCUUUAAAGUCGUGUUAUAG